UCUUCUUGGAAUGUCUGGAGGUGCCAUAAUGUGUUGGCCAGCAUCAGCUUUGCCAGAAAUUCAACACCCAAAUUCAACCCUCACCUUGACGAUCACUGAGGGGUCAUGGGUAGUAUCAUUGAUAGCAGUCGGAUCAGUUCCAGGCGCAUUUCUUGCCGGUUUUCUGGCAGAAAAAUUCGGACGACGUGCUACCGCUUUAUUCCAAGCUGGUCCAAUUUUACUAUCCUGGAUACUAAUAUCAGUUGGACACAACGUUUGGUUCUUGUAUACAGCACGAUUUCUUGGAGGUACCUCUGUUGGAGGCACAGGAGUCAUUGCUCCAAUGUAUAUCAGUGAAAUCGCUGGACGAAAACGAAGAGCAACUUUAGUAGCUUUGUAUCCAUUAUCCUUAUCCUUAGGAAUGCUUUUAUCUUUAAGUUUAUCCACGAUUUUAACAUAUAGAUUUCUAUCAAUUGCCAUAGCUAGUGUGGCAGUAUUUUUUUUAAUGACGUUUUUCUUCGCGCCUGAAUCUCCUGUUUACCAAGUUUUGAAAGGUGAUCUCACUUCGGCUAAAAGAUCUUUAGAUUUUUUCUAUGGUAAAGCAAGAUCUGGAAGAGUUUUAGAAGAAACAAUAAAUAUGAUUAAUUCUACAAGUUCGGGUGAGAAGUUGACACUGGGAAAGUUGAUCAAGGAUAAGGCUUUUGUUAAAGGUUUGAUAAUAUCUUUGGGAAUUAUGGCUGAACUUCAACUUUGUGGAAUCAACUUUAUAACUGCAUAUUCGGAAAAAAUAUUCAAGGAGCUGAACAGCAGCGUGGACCCAAAACUAGCCUCCAACAUCAUCUUCGGAGUCCAAGUAUUGGCAGGAUGUACCCAACUCUUCAUAAUCAACAAAUUCCCUAGAAAAGUUCUACUUCUCCAAAACAGCAUACUUGCAUUUACCACUCUCACCAUCCUCGGCCUCCAAAAUCUCCUCGGUUGGGAGGCAGGAUGGUUACCAGUGGUCUGUUUGGUAGUUUUCUCUCUCAGUUUCAUGUGGGGUUUUGGAGCCCUCUGUUUCACAGUCAUGGCAGAAGUUUUUUCUUCAAAAGCAAGGGAAAUUGCGUUUUCCUUGAGCAUUGUUUUGAUGUGGUCGUUGAAUUUUUCGGUUACUAAAUCGUUUCCGAUGCUGCUGACUACUAUAGGCAUUGGAUGGACUUUGCUGAUUUUUGCUGGUUUCAUGUUUGCUUCUGGGUUUCAUAUAAUUUUCAUAGUUAUAGAAACUAGAGGCAAAACUUUGAAGGAAAUUCAGGAUGAACUUUAUGGAAAAGGCAAACCUACUCAGAAAACGUGA